AUGGAUGGGUUUUAUUGUUUAGAUGAUACUCUCUUUAUUUGGUGUUAUGGUUAUAGUGAAGGAUUUGUAAUGAGAUGUAGUUCUGGAACAUUAUGUAAAUGUGGAUUUACUCGAGAAAAUCCAUGUUUGUUGAGUAUGCAAGAGUCUGCUGAUUGUGUUGGUAAUCCAGGAGAUAUAAAAAAUUUAACAUUUCAACAAUCAAUAUAA